AUGGAGCGCUCGCCGGUUCCGAUGCAGCGGUCGUUGUCGGCUCUCGAAGCAACAAUGGUCCGCCGGCUCCGAUGCUGUAAUGGAGCGCUCACUGGCGGCUCUGGUGUUGUGAUGCAGCGCUCGCUGGGCUCUCCAACGGCUCCCCGGUGCUGUGAUGCGACGGCGCUUUUCGGAGCAUCACCGGUCGAGGCGGCCAGACCAUUAUCGUUGCUGCAAUCAAGCAUCUCCGAGCUGCCGGAGCAUCGUCAGUGUUGUGUUGGAGCAUUGCUGAGCCGCCGGAGCAUCGCCGGUGUUUUGUUGGAGCAUUGCCGAGCCGCCGGAGCAUCGCCGGUGCUACAACGAAGCAUCGUCGGUGUUGUGUUGGAGCAUUACCGGGCUGUCCGGUGCUACAACGAAGCAUUGCCUGUGCUACAACAAAGCAUCGCCGGUGUUAUGUUGGAGCAUUACCGGGCCGUCGGAGCAUCGCCGGCGCUGCAACGAAGCAUCACCGGUGCUGCAUCGAAGCAUCAUUGGUGUUGUGUUGGAGCAUCGUUGGGCCGCCGGAGCAUCGCUGGUGCUGCAACGAAGUAUCACAGGUGUUGUGUUGGGGCAUUGCCGGGCUGCCGUAGCAUCGCAGGUGCUUCAGUGGAGCAUCACCAAUGCGUCAAGGGAUGGUCGUGGCAGCGUCGUUGUCGCAACUCGCAACCUGGCGCUGCACCUGAGGUCGUGCAUGGCGAGCUCGUGGGCGUUUUCCUGUGAGAUGACCUAUAACAGAGCCGCCGCAACCUGAAGAAACGAGGACGUUGUGCACAUAGCCGAUAGCUAGCUGGUCUAGAGAUCGAACGACCCAAACCAAACCAAAUCAACGGCUGGCAAGGCGGUUUAAAAAUCCCCAACAUCAGCCGGUUUAUGGCUAGCAGUGGCAUAAUAAAUGUGCGGUUACAGGAUAAUCUACUAAAAUAUUUACAACACCUAGGCAAUAUUAUCUAC